CAGAUGAUUGGUUAUGAUAAAUGAUAUUAUAGUAAUUUGCUAUUGUGACUAUUUUUGCAUUAUCAAAACAUGUUUUUUCAACUAAAAGAAUUCAGCCAAUUGAAGUGUCUCAUGAAAAAGUUUUUAUUAAGAUAAAAUGGGUAACUCAUGGGAUAAUUACUUAGGUUUCAAUGCAAGUAAUGGAUCGUUUUCAUUAAUCUUCUCCUCUUGUCACACAAUCCCACAGAAGACUUUGUCUCUGUGGAUAUUUGGGCUUCUGCUCAUCGACCCCACUGGAGUACUAGGACUCCACCACUUUCCAGAAAAUUGUACGUCUCAUUUAUGGUCUACAGGUUUUUCUGAUAGGAAUUUUUCCAUAUCUUCAGUGGCUGUUGAUUUGUUAAUCUAUGUGUUUUGUGCAUGUGUGUGUCUCUGUCUAGAUGUUAUGGCAAAAAGGGGUAACUCCGUGACACUCACCUGCAAUACAAACUUCGACGGACCUUUCACUUGGAAGUUUGCUGCAAACACGGUGGAUGAGGCUGAAGAGAUUGAGGAUUUCAACACCAUUUACAAGCAGGUUGGCAAAAAUCUGAUCGUGUCGGAUGUAGAUUCACCCGCACUCGGAGAAUACAGCUGCUGGAGUGGAGAAGAGAGGUUAUCAUCAACCUUUCUGCUGGUGGAGGCUGAGGAGGGAAAUAACUUUGAUUCUCUCAUGAAAUGUUGGGCAAAGUCUUAUGACUGUACCUUCAGCUGCAACUGGGCCAAGGGUCUAUACACAGCAGUGCGCCUUGGACUGGGAGAUGACUGCAGUGAAGGUAGGAAGUCGUGUCACUGGGUCAACAGCAGCGGUCAGCAUCUGAAUGGGGGAUUCCAGUUUGAGCUGUCUCACUCCCUCUCACCCUACGCUGAGGAAACCAACAUGCUUGUACUCACUGCUGAGGCCAUCAUUAACCACAACAUCCUCAGGAGAACCAAAAGAUUUUAUCUCAGAGACAUCAUUCAACCCGAGAGUCCCCAGAUUGUCAAUUGUCAGGAGAUGGAGCAGGAACUGAACGUGACCAUUGAUCCACCUUCCACCUGGUCCAGUCCUCACAGUUUCUUCAGUCUGGAGCAUGAGAUUCAAUACAAGUUGAAAGACGAUGGCAAAGAGAUAAAGGUUAUAGGCUCUCCAUCUGUUCUGAUACCGAAGAAGAUCAGCAUGCUUAGGGUUCGCUCCAGAGACCCGCUGGUGCUCUCCAACUGGAGCCAGUGGACUCCUUGGAAAAAUGUGAUCAUAAAGGAGAAGAAGUGGUGCUGUUGCAGAAACACAGCAAAAUCUUGCUGUCCAGAGUUGCCACCAGGGUACUUGGACAACUGCAAAAGGAAAUGCAAUAAGGGAGGGAAUAAAAAAAGGAACAAAAAUGCUAAGAGGAACCAGACACCUUACGAAGAAUAUGUUCAAUAAAAAUGGGAAUGUUAUGGUGUACAAACUCCUCUUAUGUAUAUAUAUAUAUAUACAGUAUUAGGUAAAUAAAUUGUACAUUUGAAUUAUCAGUUUGUUUGAUACACAAAUGAAUGCAGUCUAGUGCAACAACCAUGCAAUA